AUGGCGGCUGAAAAGGCUCGGUUCUAUCUGGAAAAGGCUGUGCCCGAGCUCAAGGAAUACGAGCAAAAAGGCAUAUUUAACAAGGAUGAAAUUCGUUCAAUUGCGAAGAAGCGCUCGGACUUUGAGCACAAAGUCAAUACUCCUGGAGUAACAGAAUCUGAUUUUGUCCGCUAUAUCGAAUAUGAAAUGAAUCUAGAGGCCCUGCGAAAGAAACGAACAAAAAGAUUUGGCAUCAAGGCCACACCACAACAUGCCGGACGCCGUGUGUUAUUUAUCCUUGAUCGUGCCACGCGCAAACUGCCUGGAAGUUUAGGGCUCUGGAUACAAUACAUUGAAUAUUGCAGACGACAAAAGAUGUACCGAAGACUUUCCGACGUCUUCUCCGAUGCGCUGCGACUCCAUCCUGCCAACGCCGAUUUAUGGGUUUAUGCUGCCAAAUACGCAAUGGAAGACCAUGCGGAUAUGACGCAGGCUCGAAGCUAUUUCCAACGUGGUCUUCGUUUCUGCAAAAGCCAAAGGAAUAUCUGGGUUCAAUAUGGACGGUUGGAGUGUAUCUACAUUGCCAAGCUCUUCGCUCGUCGACGGAUAUUGGGAUUAGAUGAAUCCGGAAAGGCUAGCGAAGUGGCUAGCACAACAGCGGAUAAUGAUGCAGAUAUGAUUGCUCUCCCAGCAAUCACUGAAGAGGACAUCAACCCUACGGGCAAGAAGAAUGAUGAAAUAGACGAAGGAGCAUUGGAAGCACUCAACUCGACACCUGCCUUGACAGGAGCGAUUCCAAUAGCGAUUUUCGAUGCGGCCAUGAAAGAGUCAAAUGAUAAUAUCAUUUUGUCUCAUGAGUUCUUUGAUAUGGUUUUUGAAUUUGAGGAUCUUCCGUGCUUGCGCAAGAUUCUGGACCAUAUUGUGACUCACCAAACCACGAAAUCGCCGCUCCAUUAUCGCACAGCUAUUUGCAAUAUCAAGGUGCCGGUAGCAGGACUAAAGGUCACUUCACCAGAUUUCCCACAAGCCCUUGGCAAUUCUCUGGCCAACAUGAAGAAGUAUCAGCUCGAGCCAAACCUUUCACAGGAAUUGAUCAAGUGGCUUAAGCCAUUGUCAGAGAAUGAAGAGUUGGACCCUGCACUCCGCAAAGUGCUUGAAAUAACGUUGGCUCGCGCACAAAAGAGCCUUCCAUCCAAGGACGAGUAG